GUUUAUUUUUACACUGUAACCAACGCGUUUACAGUGUCAGUCUCGUCAAAUCUAACGGUUGCUUUGUGAUUGAAGCUUCCAGGAAUGGCUAUGAUGAGGGAAUCCUGUGAAUCAGACUUUACUGAUGCUGAGACACAGCAUGUGGUUCUGCACAGCACAGAUGGGGACACAGAGUCAUUGGACAGACAGUAUGUCCAUGUGCUGUUAGAUAUCAGUGAACAGGAUGAUUGGAGGGAUCAGGACAAACAUGAGAUUCAGAGUCAGACUGGCUGGGAAGAUGCUGUUGAGGGAUGGGGGAGAUCUCCUCUUGCUUUAUUCCUUCAACCACAAAGGAAUGUGAAGAGGAUUAAGCAAAACAUCUUAGACUCUCACUGCGUCCUGUGUGCCGAGCUGAAUCUCCCCAUCUACUGUACAGCUGGAAGUGCUCCCAAACCUUGCUAUGACAUUUCAGAGGAAAACUACAGAAAGACUGCCACAGCAUCUCUGGAUAUUGUCAAGAAAACUCACAAUACCUCGUCCUCUGCCUGCUCAGAUGAAAUGCACUCACUUCAGCAAAAGAAGUCAGAGCCAUUUCUCAACAAAUUGCCAUCUGGAGAUGAACAACGUGCACAUCACAAAGCUCCAUGUUUAAUGCUGAGUGAAAAGGGAGUUGGUCAGGUACCUCUCAGCAUCAACAACUUUAGUGUGUUGCCACCAGUCAAAGAGUCGAGAAAUCUGAAGAGCUCCAAUCUUUUUAAAAGUAUGGAGCCGACAGACUGGUGCCCAGCAGAGGAAGGAGUCACUGAGGCCAUGACACCUGGCACCACCGGUGCUGUCACAGCUGGUGAAAGAGUGGGUGUCAAUGGUGAAAUCGGCUAUCAGGGGUCUCCCACCUCAAAGCACUGGCUGGGUCAGUACAGCAAUCACCUGCCGUCUACUUUAAACAUCGCUUUGAACAAGAAGCAUGAGCUGACCUCCUGUACGGUAGCAGAUACAUUACCCCAGACUAGCUACUCCCAGAGACCUAACCUUAGGCAGGAUGAGCUGGCACGGCCUUCCCCAAGGAACAACACCAGUUAUGGAUUGUAUUCUGGACACAAAGUGAGGAGUCAAGGAAGACCUGAAUUCCAGCAUCUAAUGCUGACUGGAACGAGACUUCCCAUAGCUGUGUGCUUUCAACGAAUAUUAUAAAUGUUAUCACUCUCUGUACACUUUCAGCUCACUGCUUUUUUGGCUGAGCAAAGAGAGACAAAAAGAAGUAUUGUGAUAGUUUUGUGUUCCCUUUUAUUUAUUUUGGGUUCCCUUGCCUUACUGUACCUUUAUCCAUCCCUAACAGAAUGUACCAAGAUUUUAUUACAGUAAAUAUACUUCAACUGUGGUAUUUGUAGUAACAUCUUAAGCACAAAAUGUAACUUUGAUUUACUACAAUAACCAUCUUUAACAAUUAUAUUUGUGGUAUAGUAAUAAUACUAUAGUGAUAAUGCAGGAAAACCACAACUGCAGGGUUUCUGCAGGUUUUAUGGAGCUAGACUUUUUUAAGACCUUUUUUAGACUAACUAAAGGAAAUGUAAGUAAUAUAUUCAAGGGAACACAAUAUGUCAUCUUGUCAUUCUCUAAAUGUAAAUAGCUAGGAAGCACAAGAACAGUCAUAUAUGCCGAAUACAGUUCAAAGUUUAAAAAUGCAACUUAACAGAUCUCCAAUAAUUUUUAAUACGUUUUUAAUUUAAUUAACAAAAAGUAACACAAUAAGGCUCAAUACUUCUCUGCCCAUAACCAACAGAAUGUGGAAAUUAAUUUUACCUUACGAUCAAACUCAUUGUACCAGCUUUAUUCCUCUACAACACUGCUGGUUCACUUGAAUAUUGUUUAAACAACACCCAAAAAUAUACAUCAAAGCUCUGGAAUAAAAUAUAAGUGAUCACCACCAAACAUGUAAAAACAAUAUUUCUUUUCCCAAAUACAUUUUGGUAAUUAAAUCUAGAAGCUCAACAAAAGGAGCAUAUAUGAUUUUCUUUUCUUUUUUAUAAGAACCGCCCCAUGAUUCUGCAUUCUAAAUCCAUUGUCCUAGAUUAGCCAAUAAUAUAUACAUUUACAGAAAUGUACACACUGUGGCACUCAGUUGACAUGAUUCACGAAUGGCAAAGAGACAUGCCAAGGUGGAGUCAGCACACAACUGUGGAUUCACUUUUGAACUAUAGGUGGCGCUGUCUCCAAAGUGCUUGUGUAUGUUCAGGACGUGAUGUCAAUGAUGCAUACCACAUUUCUUAUAAAUCUGACAAUGCAUUCAAAAGACAUUUAACUGUUUUAUAAAAAUCAAUAUGCUAGUCUCCUUGAAAUCUGCAUGACCAAGGAACCCAAAGACCCCAAGUGGUGUUGUCCUCAAACUUUGCAUUUACCCUCUGGUCAUGGUCCUGAUUAAGCAUACUGUACCGAGUUUCAUUUCAAUACGACGUUGCCAGGAUAUUGCCUCACAUUCUGUUUUACGUCAACCUCUUUAAAUUUGUGUUAUCGUAAUGUUUCAAAAAAAUCUAAAUUCUGUGCUAUUCAUUCUGUGCAGAUCAGUCUGGAGACUAUAUUAAACCACUGUUUAGGCAAAUCAGGCAAACUUUGAAGGAAUGGUAGGGAAUAAACGAUACACGUCAUUAUCCAAGAUGGCGGCCACUUUAAUGGGCAGAGUUUUAAUUUAAGCAGUCCAUUUGUAUCAUCAGGAGGAGUGUAAUUACAUGCAAAAUAUUUUUUUUUUCUAGGACAAAUUCAAAAUAUAAGUGCAAAAGUUUAAAAAAAUAAAACGUUUUAACUAGGGCUGUCGAUUUAACGCAUUAAUUCAGUGCGAUUAAUUUUACAAAAAUUACGGUUUGUAGAACCACCUGUUUACUCCAGAGGGCAGUAAGUGAAACUUCAGCUGUAUUAGCAACACACAGUUUAUACAGAGAAGAAAACAACCCUUCAGUAGGUCAACAUAAACAUGCGUUACGUUCUUGCGUUCAAAAUACUUGAAAGAGCGCAAAUGCGAACUAAGGGAUCUCAAGAUGUGUUUAAUGAUUGAGUAUUAAACUAUAUUUAACUUGACACAGUGACCUAAACAUAUUAUGUUUAUGAUGCAAUGCACCCGAGACACUACACAAGCAUGAAUGACGCAGGUGUACAUUGACGGGCCC